UCCCUCGCUGGGUGAAAGAAAAAGGACAGCCAAGGAGAAGAAGGCGUAGACUUCCUCCUAACAUUUCCUUCGCCUUCUCCGUUUUCAAACCUCCAACUUUUGAGGAAUACUUGCUCCGUCAGGGGUUUGGUUGUUUCUUUACCUGUACACUCGUGCUUUGAGUCAGGUUUCUUUUAAAUUUUAUUUAUUUUUUGGGAGGGGGGCAUCUUCCGCAGACAUGGACUGGGGAACAGAUCUUUGGGACCAGUGUGAUGUCAUUGACAAGCACACACAGUCUGGCCUUGACCUGGUGGACCGUUACAUAAAGUUUGUAAAGGAGCGGACAGAGAUAGAGCAGAACUAUGCCAAGCAACUCAGGAGUCUGACGAAGAAGUAUGCCAAGCGAGGAAACAAAGAUGAGCAGGACUGCAAAUUUAGCAACCAUGCAUCAUUCCAUGAGAUCCUGAACGAGCUGAAUGAUUACGCUGGGCAACGGGAGCUCAUUGCAGAAAACAUGAUGACCAACAUUUUUGUGGAACUCACUAAGUACCUCCAGGACCUUAAACAGGAGCGCAAAACACAUCUGUCUGAAGCAAAGAAGGCCCAGCAGAAUCUAGAGAGCUGUUUUAAACACCUAGAAAAUAAAAAAAAGCGCUUUGCCAAGGAGUCGGCUGAGGCUGAGAAAGCCGCACAACAAGUAGAGAAAACGGAGAACGACCCUAAUCCCAGCAAACCAGAUGUCGACAAAGCCAAGCAGCAUGCCCAUGCCCGCACACACACAGCGGAGGAGUGCAGGAACGACUAUGCAGCAGAACUCCAGAAAUACAACAAGGAACAGAACAACUUCUACUAUUCUGAAAUUCCACAAAUUUUCAAUAAACUGCAGGACAUGGAUGAGCGGAGAAUCCGGAGGCUGGCAGAGGGCUACACCCAGUUUUCAGACAUCGAGAAGAAGGUGUUACCCAUCAUUUCCAAGUGUCUCGAGGGAAUCUCUGCAGCAGGGGCAAAAAUCGAUUACAAACAGGAUUCAAAACUUUUAAUAGAGCAACACAAAUCUGGCUUUGAACGCCCUGGAGAUGUGGAGUUUGAAGACUACACCCAAGGAAUCAAACCAGCAACCUCAGACUCCAGCCUCAACCCACCAAAAGGGCGGACCAAGCGCUGGCUUUUCAAGCCCAAAGGACACAAGAUAUCACAUGCUGAAAAACACAUGCUACCUGCUGCAGAAGAUUUCUCUCACCUUCCUCCGGAGCAAAGGAAAAAAAGGCUGCAGGGGAAGAUCGAUGACAUUGCCAAAGAGCUGCAAAAAGAGCAAGACCAAAGUGACGCACUGGAGAAGAUGAAGGGUGUGUAUGAGCAGAAUGCACAAAUGGGAGACCCAUCCAGUCUGGAGCCCCAGAUCUCAGAAACUGCACAGAAAAUAAGCCGCCUGAGGGGGGAGCUCGUCAAAUAUGAGACAUGGCUGUCAGAAGCAGUAGGAGGAGAGGAAUCUUCCAAUGCCAUAAACAAUAACAUGCAACAUAGUGUUGUAACAGCUGACGAGAGUCCGAACAUCUACGCAGAGUUUGAUGAUGAUUUUGACACCAUAGAAUCUCCUGUUGGCCAAUGCACUGCUCUAUACACUUUUGAAGGCAACAGUGAGGGCACCAUUUCCAUUACAGAGGGAGAGUUGUUGAGUGUAAUGGAGGAGGAUAAAGGGGAUGGAUGGAUGAGAGUCCUCAGGGCCAGUGGAGAGGAGGGUUAUAUACCUUCAUCCUAUGUCAAACUCACACCUUAACUUCUGUCUCAGAGCUUUUUCUGGAGGUGAACAUCAAGUUAUUUAAAUAAUUGGAGCUGCUUUCUACAUCUUGCUCUGCCAGUGAUGUACAUGGUGAAAUGAAUGUGUGUGUGAUUAUUGAGACUGAUUGCAGUACCAUUGAGUCCCAUCUCUGCUCUUUAUAACUUCAGACAUUUUCUCAAAAUGCAGAUUGUCAGCCUGGUCUGAUCCUUAUCCAUUUUUGCUCUUUUAAAAGAAAAAAAAAGCCAACUUUUGAAUGUGUACCUGAACUUUGUGUUCAUGUUUACGUGACAACUCUUGUAACUCCAAGUCAGCAUCAUAGUAGCCGCAUUUGUUUAUGCCAGUACUUUUGUACAGUAUAUCCACCCACUUGACUUUCCCGCGGUCAGUUGUAAUAACCUGCUGAAAUUCAUUUUGUUACUCCAACUUUUCUGCUUAGGCCACUUUUCUAAAAGAAUGUGAUUUUAUCUGUUUUAACUGGAUGAAAACCACUACACUGUUAGGAGUGCAUAAACUAUAUCACUCAAUUGACAGUGAUGGUAAAAGCUUGGUUCACAUUUUUUUUUGUCUGUCUUAAAUUCAUAGCAGUCCAUAUAAGGUGAAUAAACAUAUGUUGUAUUGCUUUCUGUUUAUUAAGACCAUUAUAAGUUCCAAAAAGGGAUGGAGACAAUAUUCAGGCUGCUAAAGUAUGGUGGCCGGGAAGUGCAAAACAAUAUUACACUGAGUGAAACACUUGGUAGUGUACAUUUCUGUCUUAAAAUACGAGCAAAGUCUUGAACACUUUUAUUGAAAACACAUUUCUGAUAGCUAUCAGAAUUUGUUACUUUACUGUACCUACAUUAUAAAGAACUCAGACUUCAAUGAAAGUGUUUUCAAAACUUUGCCUAUCUUCUAAGAUGUGCAUGGAGAGGGCUUCCUGCAGUCACAGAGUCUGAUGGGUCACAGAUUUUGGUGAAACACCUAUCUUUGUAAUAGUGUUUCACUGGAUGUAAAUGUGUAUCACUCGGUGUAAUAUUGUUUUGCACUUCCCGGCCACCGUACUAAAGCCUUAUAUUAGCUGCAGUUUGUUUCAAACCCUUGUCAUACAUAUUAAAAAUGAAUUGUGCAUUGCUUCUAAGAUGGAAAUUCCUAAAAAAACAGAAAUACUGCAGACAACCUGUUUUUAAUGUUUGGUUCUGGUAAUGUUAGUACUGUGAAGACAGACUUGAAACAAUGUGAACAUGUCUUUGGACUCCAUAUGAUAUACUAUGGUUUCUCUACUGCAAAAAGUUUGAAAGGAUUUUUUUUUAAAUGAAAGUAAAAAUAUAGUUUUAUUUUGUAAGAAGUCCUGUAAAUUGCCUGCUUUUGAGGUUGCAGUCAUUGUGCUGCUUGGGAGAUCAUGCCAUUACAUUGACUCUAUUAAAUCUCACUUUACAGUAA